AUAUGGUUACGGUGCUGCUGGUGUUCGGUAUGGUUUGUUGAGUAAAAGAGUCGGCUGUUGUGUGUGCGUGUAUAUGUGUGCAAACGCUGAAAAAAAAAACAAGGAACGACAGACGAAAACACACAAAAGUCCAUUUGUAAAGCGAUACCAUCAAUUAAAAGCAGAACACGUCUCGAGUCGCUUGCAUACAAAAAAAAAAUAGCCAAAAAUUGUGUGGUCUCUCAAGAGAAUGGCAAAUGAGAUUUCCAAAUGAUUUGCCCGCUAUUUGGAGUUUUCAAUUGAAUUUCAAUUGUGCAGUGUGAUAAAAAAGAGUGAGUUUUCAGUCGAAAUCAAAUCCAGUGCGUUUGUAACGCAUUUGUAUUUGUUGUUUAUUGUGUGUAAUAUUUUCGCAGUUUGCGAUUACGGUGUCGUCGAACGCCGAUUCACGGGUUAAUCGAAAUUUCUAGGGACGAAUCAAAACAUCCGAACUCGUUUUGAGUAAAUGGAAAUUCGUCGGAAAAAUUGCCAAUCAAAGUAAUUCACUUGAAAAUCAGAGAAAAAAAAACGCAAAAUAGCAUUUCGAUGAGUUUGCAAAGGGGAAAAAAAAAUCAAACCGAGCGAACAUACAUAGCGAGUGAGAAACGUCGACAUAUUUUUUUUCCGUUCUAGUCGGUCGUGCCUGUCACACUGUAUCAAAGAUAUACGCAUACACAUUCAGCGUAUGAUUUCAAACGAAACGAAAUAAGAAGUCAAGUGUGUGUAUUUCUCAUGUGAAUGGCAGAAGAGCGUUGAAUUUUGUGUGAUUGUGAGUGAGAGAAUUCCUCGGAGUCAGCCGCAAACAGUACAAACAGGAAAAGGCAACAAAAAGAAAUUCGAAAAAGAAAAAGAAGAAGAGAGAAAAAAAUAUAUCUACGUAUUCUCAAUCCGAAAACGAAUAUAUAGAUUUCUAUAUGAGUCGUGCUUCAUGUAAAACGCAACGCGACAUCGUCGCCGCUCAUUUAUUAUUUUGAUUUUAAUUUUCUUUCCUUUGAUUUUUUCAGUUUUUUCUGUGUUCUGGACAUUUAGUUAAAUAUUUUUCCGUUGUGCAUUCACUUAAAUAAUCAAUCCCGUUCACUCUUUUUUUUUCUGUUCUGUUUGAACCGUGCCUUUUAAUUUAUCAUUGAGUUUGAGGGGAAAAAGUGCUCUUUUUUGUUUAAUACUCGGUAAUCAAUUGAAACUUUGUCACGACGCGUUUCGUUGGUGUGAAAAUUACUAAAAUCCAAAAGUAAAAUACGCGUCAAUUGAUUGUUAAUCGAUGCAAAAUAAACCAAACGGAAUUAAUUGAGAACAAAACGACGAAAAAGGCAGAAUAAUUUGGAUUUCGUCGCAAAUACGGAAUCAAGAGACACAGAGACAGAAAGAGAGAGAAAAAACACACCGAGAGUCAGAAAGCAGUGAACCAUUUUCGAUUGUCAUCGACCGAUAACGACCAAUAAUGGAACUCCAAAUUUAUCUGAUCAUCGUAGCGAUUUUCUUCAUUUCGCUUGGCUCAUUGGUUUUCGUCAAUCGACAGCUACGUAGUGGCAAAACAUUUGAAGAAGCACUGGCCGAAAAGCGACAAUUGACCGAAAAAUUGUACGGCAGCAAGAAGAAAAACACCACCAAGAAAGCCAAUACGGGCAAAAAGAACCGUGAUCGAAAAGAUUCGAAACAGAAGAAAGAUGCUCAGCAGCCAUCAGCCGUGGAAAGUGAUGGUAAAUCCGAUAGCGGUUCUGAGAAUGACUUGAGUGCUUCGCCCCAUUCCAAUGAUGGCAAGGCUCACGUUGAAUUCACCGAAGAAGAAAUCAUUGCUCCCGACACCAACACCAUUCAAUUCAAGCGUCAAUUGUCUACUGGAAAGAUCAAUCCUCAAGUUCGUAAAUCAAGCACAACAAAAUCGCCUGGCUCGGGAAUUCUUGUCAAUAAAUCGACCACUGCUGCCAAACCAGCACCACCAGCCAAUGGCAACAUCGAGACAUUGAAUCACUUUGAGAAAAUUCAUCCAAAAGAUGACUUGGAAAUCAAAAAACAACGCGAUGAAUCUGUUGGCCGAACCACAAACAAGAAGGAUAAUAAGAAAGGAAAACCAGCUAAAAAGGAUAGUUCUCCUGCUACCCCAUCAAAUGCCGUUGAGAAAGUGGCCAACAUUGGAAAUGAUGCUGUUGAUGCUCAUUUGACCGUUCCCCUUGAGGUUGUAGCCGCCUCAGUGGUAGCUGCACCAAAAGAAUCGCCGAAAAACACCGCCAACAAAGAGAAAGUCAACAAGAAGAAACGCAACGACGCCAUUUUGAUCCAACAAUUGGUCGAUGCCGGUGUUGCUUCAUCAACUUCCGAAGCGGUGAAUGUGAACGCAAUCAUCCAGCAAUUGGGCCGUGUCGAAUUAACUCGCAAUGAAAUUCAGAUUUUGAUUGAUUUCUUGUUGAACAAACAACAAGAUACUGGCAGUGUCAUCCAUUCCGACUGGAGCGAUGAUCCAAUCCAUAAAUUGCGUAAUCAGCUCGAGGAGAAGGAUCGCCUUCUGGCCGAAGAGCAAAAAGCCAUGCUGGCAAUUCAGACGAAAUUGCGUGAAUUGCGCACUGAAUUGAAUGCUGAACGAGCUCAAGCUUCCCAUCUGAGAAAUGCGCACGUCGAAGAAAUGAAUGCUUUGAAAUCCGAAUUGAGUCAAGCGCAACAAGAUCGUCAACUUGUUGUCGAGCGUACAAACCAUGAAAAGCAGGCGCUGAACAAACAGUUACAGCUUUUGCAACAAAAGCUAUUCCAAGAGCAAAAUACACAGUCGCAAGAGUCAACGCAACAAUUGCAACAGCUCACCGACGCUCAUGCACAGCUCUCCGCUGAACUGUUGAACAAAAAUAAUAUCAUUCAAGAUAUGCAAGAGAAAUUCCUUCAAAUUCGUGACGAGCACCUGAGCAAAGUGAACGAAAGCGAACAGAAAUAUCAGGAGUUGGUGCACAAAAAUGAGCAGGAGAUUGCAUAUUUGAAUGGCGAAGUGUUGCGUUUGCGCAACGAAUGCCAACGCAAAGACGAAUUAGAAAAAUUGUACGCAAUGAAAACCUAUGAAUUCGAACAAUUAGAAUCACGUUUGAAUGAACAAAACAAACAAUCGAAUCAAAUUGAAGACAGUAGCAAAGUGGAGAUAAGAAAUCUACAAAAUGCCCUCGAUUCAACCAAAACCGAACUCACACUCAGUCGUAAUGAAUUGGCCGACAGUUCAAAACGUAUCGGCGAUUUGAAUUCACAGUUGAGCGAUUUGAAAUCCACAUACGAAGCAGAAAAUUCAACGGUUGUUCAGAAAUAUGCUAAGCAGAUCGAAGAACUAAAUGGUACCAUUCAGACGUAUCGUACGACAAUUAGCGAGAAAGAAGCAAAACUGAAUGAGUUACAAUCGAAAUUGGAGAAUACAGCUGUUGAUCAGCGUGAACAAGAGUUAUUCAAACAAAUCACCGACUACAAGGAGAAGAACAACACCGCAAAUGCGAGCCUUUCACCAUCGAAGAUCACAGCACCAGCUCCAUCGAAUAAUAAUGUUGAGCUAGAGCAUAUUUCGCGCACAAAACAAGUGUUCGAGCGCCUGUUUCCAAACGUUCCAUCCAGCAAUGUGGACUACGACGCAUGGUUAGCCAAUGUAUCCAGUCACAUAGAACAAUUGCAGCAACAGCAACAACAAAGCCAACAGAAUCACCUGAAGAAGAGAGCAGCUGUUGCAUCAAAUAAUCACCAAAAUGGUGAUGACGAAGACAGCGACUCAGAGGAGAAUGUGACUGGUAAUGGUACGCAUCAUCAUGAACAGGAUAAUGGCAAGCUCAGCCCAUCCGAAGAGCUAAUCCUGCAGAAUGCGCACCUAAAAUCCAUUGUCGCCGAAACGAGUGAGAUACUAACCUCACUGGAGAAGAAAGCCUGUUUACAAGAUGCCUACUGGCGUGGCGUAGUUCAAUUGAAAGACAAUGAAAUUAGAUCGCUGCAACAAAAUUCAGUAGCAAGCACCACAUAAUAGUUAGCUCAUGUACACAACAACGCGUAAGGAGAAAACGAAGUUCUUCAUUUCUCGGUUGUUCUGAUUUGUUUUAUUUUUUAUUCGAAGAAAAAAAAAGAGAGAAAAAAAUAGUAUGUACCCACAUUCAAUCGUAGACACACAGACACACACACUCGCAUACGAAACAAAACAAACCUGUUGAAAUGAUGAGAUUGAGAAGCUUCUAUUGAAUACAAACAACAAACAAAUAUAUAUAUAUAUAGUAUUAAAUGUUAGCGGCAUUCAGUCUCAGCAACACUCAUCGAAUGUAUAACAUUGUCAUGGUGCAUCUAAACGGAAUAAUAAUUUUUGAUAUACUGAAACAAAA